AGAAGCCAUCGCGAAGCUCGUGAAAGACCGGCGCGAUUAGAAGCUCGUCAAAGGGCCGCUAGAAGACGUGAUGUCAAUGAACAUUGCACUUUGCAUCCGCUUUCGGCAAGCGGCGUCGAAAUAGCCCCGCGUAAGCUUUCAAAUAGCCCCCGCGUUGUUUACGCGUUGUUUGGCAGCCACCUUUAUCUCCUCCUUUCACCUUUCUCGGUUCCCCCUCCUAUUCCCAACCUUCUCUCAACUUCUCACGACCUCACGAACCUCUGGCAAUGAGCUCGACGGAGUCCUCGGCGAAUGUGCCCCAGACGAGUGGCGCGGGGACGAAGCGCAAGGUCGCGGUGUCCCAGCAGCGCGCGCCGUCUGCUUCGGAGAUUGCACGCAAUCUGAAGCACUUCGAAACGUGGACGCAAGGGCAGGGCUUGGAGCAGGUGCCCUAUACCGAGCUUCCCGAGACGUCGAUGGGCUAUGCGGACUCUGUGAUGGACGUCUCAGGCAGAAUCCCCCUGUCCUGGGUUAAUCAGAAGUCCAAGGCCUACAAACGCCUCAGUGUAGUCGCCGAGCCUGCCUUCCUUUCUUUUAUUAAGGACGCAUACGAGACUUCGCCGAACCUCUUCCGUCCAGACGAGCCCGACGAUCUUGCUUUGCUUCCUGUUCUGUUUCGCCAGCUCUGCGGUGUGUUCUCGGCCCACGAGCGUCUCAUGGCCAUGAACAAGUCUACUCAGAAGUACUCUGAGUCGGACUAUGCUGCGAAUGUUUAUGAUAUCCUUCGAAGUCCUGCCAUCAAGCAAGCCACCUACCGGACCUCCUGCGCCUUGAGCUUGCCUCAACCACGCCGCUCCAAGUCUCUUUCACAAGCCUCCGCGCGCGUCCUAAAGACACGCACAGUCGUGCCCGACUGCGCAGUCUUUGCCUCACCCUCCCUUCACUACCUCGUCGCCAGCGCCUUCCAGUCCCUCAAAAGGUCUGAACGCGUCCACAAGACUGGCACGGCCACACGGCGCUCCUCCUUCCGCUACCAGGCCACGCCCGUGGACUCGCCGCCAGACACUCCCGGCUUCGAGUUCGCCAGCAGCGUGUGGGAGGAUAAGAAGCCUGCGCACCAAGGCAGGAUCGAGGCGUACAGGCAGAACCGGAUGAGCGCGGCUUCGUUGUUGCGGCACCUUCAUUCGCUAGGGAUAGACGUCCCUAUCUUUGGGCUGAUAUUCGCGAACGCGACGGUCCGUGUUCAUGUGGACUGGUGCCAGAUGGAGGAGGGCAAGCUGGUCAGUAAUAGGUGCAUAGAACCCGCGAAGCUUCUCCUAUACUCAUACUGUUUCUCCAGUGCAUCUUCUCCGCUCCCUAUCCCGGCCAGGACGCGCUGUCCGAAGCCGAAGAGGGCCGCCGCUCGCCCAACGAGGACCAGUUCUACGAGUGGGACCUCAAGCAGCCGGCCCACAUCCUCGAGGUCUUCUUCCUCAUUCAGAACAUCGACCGCUGGACGGUGACCGACUUCCAAGCGCUCGUGCAGGAGGGCCUGGACACGUUCGCGAAGAGCGUGAAGGCAAGGACGGUGAAGUACGUGCCCUGGCGACGCGUGGACGAUACGUGGUUCAAGACCGCACUGGCGAAGGAGAAUAUCUCUGCGAGCUCGGCAUCCUCGGCUGGGUCGAAGAGGCGGCGGUCGUCCGGCCUGCGCUUCCAGGCGCUGCAGGCGAAGGUCGUCGAUGUCAAGACGAGCAAGAAGUAACGCGGUCACGGACAUGGACAUCGAAGGCGAAUAUCACUCACGACUUGCUACUCAUCCAGCCUGCUAUUCUCUCGACUCUGCUACUUAUCCAUUCUCUGUUGCUCUGCUGUAUACUCCAUAAUCCUCGCGACACCCUCAUACACCCUCUUGCUUUGCAAUGCUAUCAUGAUCCGGCUAUGUUCCACGUCCGCCGCUGCUGUUCACACGUUCGCUGCUGCUGUGUGAGGAGAGAUCAUCCCGCC